AUGUUCCUUCGCAAUUUCUUCAAGACCCUUCCUCCUGAAGGAAAAGGGAAUCUGGUGGACGACGUUUCAGGGUGUGCAGACGAUGAGAAGCUUCGGCAACUAGUCCAAUGUAUCAGAACCGGGCUGUUGAUUCCUCUGAAAGCACAGGGUGGAAAAACACCUACUGAGAUCACUCUCUCCCCGCGUCCCGGUGUUGAAGAUUCAAUCGAGGAUCCUAAGAGCCAAGACAUCGACUUAAUCACCAGAAGCGUUCAGUCGCAACUCCGUUCCCACUGUUUAGAAAGAGAUGGCAAUAAGUGUCUUGCAUCGGGGUAUUAUAGUUAUCUUCACCCCUAUCCACAAAAUGCAAAAACGGCCCGUCUUAAAGUCGCGCAUAUUAUUCCAUUUGCUCUUGGAUCCUUCGAUAUAAAGAGCGGCGAGGCUAUGGAUCGACACGCUAAGAUCUGGGUUAACCUUAGGCGCUACUUUCCAGCUCUUCGCCGAAUAUCCUUUACCUCAGAACAGAUUAAUUCAGAAAAGAACGUCAUGAUGCUCGACGCCCUGAUUCAUACUGAAUUCGGACAGUUUAACCUUAUUUUUGAGGCAACCGGAAUAGCUCACCAAUAUCGAAUCAAGACCUUUCCCGGAAUUCCGACCAGGUCAAUAGAGGGUUUACCCAGAAAUCGACUUGUCAAGUUUCGAGUUCACAAAGGAAGUUGGGAACUCCCACAUCCGAAACUCCUCGAAAUCCACGCUUCCAUUGGAAACUUCCUACACAUGAGUGGUCAGGCGGAGAUAAUUGACCAGGUGUUGAGGGAUUUUGAAGAUUGUGGUGGGCUUGCCCCGUGCGGAAGUACCAACAUCGAAGACCUUCUUGCAGUGAGCAAGCUCUCAUUACUAGCCUCGAAUGUCGACGAAAGGUCACCGAAGUCCACAGAUAAGCCACAUCCGAAAGAGGAGCAAUGA